AUGCACGAGACCGAGGGGGCCUUCGCGACAUCAACUCAUGUCCAGGGGCACCAUGCCCACUCAGGCACGUCUAACAACCAGAUAUUAGAACUGAGGCAGAGAGAAAAGAUAGAUGUACCAGUAUGGAGUGAUGACUAUCUGAAGAGCAGAUCGAUCGAAGUUGCAUUGCGAGUGUUCACGAGUGCUUUUGAAGCGUGGCUCGAGAGUGAGGGACUUGCUGGUGUGAUGAGGAGUUCAGAGGUCCCUGUUGGUGCAGCUGGUGUGGAUUUGAAUUGGUUGAGCAGCACGUUCGGAGAGGAGAGAGUGAAGCAAUCCAGGAAGAUUUGGACGUUUAUGCUAGCUAAGAUCACAGCACAACCCGUACAAGCCCAAAUCUUGGCAUCAGAAUCACCUCAAGCAGGGUACCGCGUGUUUCUCGAACAAUACAGCCAGGACAAGAGUCAGGAGCGACAAACUCUUGACGACGCAUGGAACGUAAUAGGCCAGAGGCAAGGAGAGAGUCUUAUGGACUAUUACGGUAGGGCAGUUGCGCUGUGGAUGAGACUUCGAUCGUAUGAUGAUAACAGGGAUGAAAAGUUGAUGUGCAGGCACAUAGUCCGGGGAUUUCUCCGAAGGUUUGAGAAAACUAAAGACCGUCUUCUGUGUGAUUCGAUAUUGUCGAGGGCUACAAUGCAGGAGAUGCUGAGGUUGGAAGAGCACGAGCUGAGGUACGAGCGGAGAGCUGGAGAGGGGAAGGAAGAGAUGAGGCACGCCCUCGUCGCUGCCGGCGUGGGCCGGGGCGGCGAGGCGGGGAAACCAGCCGCUGCAGGAUCGGAGCAAGGCGGACAUCGACUCCAGCAACCACAAAGGUCGGUGCAGCCACAUCAGCAGCAACCAUCGCACUUCUGCCAGCUCCACGGCCCCAACAGCACCCACGAGACCUCCGAAUGUCACAAGUUACGCAACGAAUUUCUCGCCCACUACAACGAGUUCUGCGCGUACAUGAGCGGGAGGCGGGAGGCCCAGGCAUCGGUCUUCCCUCGAGGCGGAGCCCAAGACUCGGGGCGGAUGCUUGGUGGCCCAUAUCGACAGCAGCCGUACCAAAACGAGCAAGGUGCGGGCUGGAGUCGGGGCCACUCUCCAGCGCUGCCGGGACCGCCGCGUGGGCAAGGAUCCGGAACUGGAGGACAGCUGCAGGGGCGCAACUCUGGGGGGCGUGGGUAUGGUGGAUACGGUCCUUCCCCCCCGGAGAGCCGAGGUCGUCAGGUGGGCGGCCGUGGUGGCUACGGGUACGGGCUCGCGGCUCACGGAGUGGACCAUGGCGGAGGUCCCUACGGCAGCGCCGCCGGCGGGGGAUACGGUUUCCACCAAGUGCCCGACGGCGGAGGGCUCUACCAGCAGCAAGAAGUGAGCAACGUACCACACUAUCCUUCUGCUGCCGGACCGGACGCCCAACAACCGCGAGCCUACGAGGCCAUCGACACCUCGCAGCAGCAUGAGCAGCAGCAGCACUACGGUGCACCCCAGGCGACCUCUUCUUCCUUCUCUCUCUCUCCAGCUCCAGGCGACGCUCUACCUCCAGCCGGCGAUUCCCCCCUACAUCUCUUCGUGGCACGUGGCGUGUGCCCUCGAGGCAAGUCUGAGAUGGUUUUGAGAAGGAUGUUGGUUUUUCGAGGCCUGACGUGUUCACGAGUGCGGAGUCUCAUGUGUCAAUGCCUGGUGUUCCCCGCGUGCCUGCUGUGCAUGAACGUUCUGAUGAUGAGUUCGGUGUCUUGAAGUUUGGUGUGUCUACUCAUGAUGUACCCCGCGUGCCCGCUGCACUUGAGAGUCCUGAUGAAGUGGUCGGCGUUCCGGAGU